UUUAUGGUACGAAAAUAUGACAAACACCGGCUGUAUCGUUAAUCAGUGACCCGAUUUCACAACUGCCCGGCUGCAAUGGCGCUCUAGAUCUAACUGCUGAAAAGGUACGAUGUCACGUGACGGGAAGCGCGUGCUCUGUGUGGGCCUGGUAUGUCUGGACAUAGUGAAGAUUGUGGCAGACUACCCCCAGGAAGAUUCCGCCCAACGGUGUUUGGAUUGCGCAUGGCAACGUGGUGGCAACGCAUCAAACACGUCAUCAGUUCUGGCGUUACUAGGGCAACCAGUGGAAUAUUUCGGAACGGUAGCACAAUCUCAAGAACUAAGGUUUCUCAGGGAGGAUUUUGCCAGCUACGGGGUCAGCCUUGACCACGUGGUGGUGUGUCCGGACAUGUCCUGCCCGCUGUCAGUCGUCAUCGUCAACACCCGCAACGGCUCCAGAACAAUACUGCAUACUAACAAUAAUCUGAGGGAAGCCAAUGCUGACGACUUUAUGAAAAUAGAUCUUUCCACGAACAAGUACAAAUGGAUACAUUUUGAGUGUCGUCCCAAUGUACAGGAGACCGCCCGGAUGUUGCACCACGUACAGAAUCACAAUAAGACAGCAGGGUUACACCACAUUCUUACCUCCGUCGAAUUUGAAAAGCCAAGUCGAAAAGGGUGUGAACAGCUCUUCGCACUGCCGGACUACCUAUUUCUGAGUAAGGAGUUUGCUCAGGACCUUGGUUAUGACAACAUGGAAGAUGCGGUUGUGGGUUUAUCCAACAAGACUAAACCUGGAGCCACCGUCAUCUGUGCCUGGGGCGACAAGGGUGCUGCUGCGAAGUCGUCAGACUCUGACGUAGUUAUCUCCCCUGCGGUAAAACUUGAACAGGUCGUUGACACCUUGGCAGCUGGUGACACGUUCAUUGCCGGAUCUAUAUUUGCCUUAUCUGGCGGAGGGGUAUCUACAGCAGAGGCCAUUGGUCAUGGUUGUAAAGUGGCCGGGAUGAAGUGCGGGAUGCGAGGACUAAAGGGACUAGCAUCUCUGAAAUCAUAAAUGUUUGGAUGCCCCAGUUGGAGGUUCUGCUUGUAUGUGUGUAAGAUUUGUGGCUCUGAUUUUGAUGGAUAAUGAGAAGAGAUACGUAUGAUUGAAAGUACUAGUCUGGUCUAAUGAUGUCAAAAUAGUACUCAAGACGUUAAAUAAUUAUGUGACAGAAAUGAAUCUGUUAAUUGCAAUUUGCAUUCGGUCUAUUUUUAGUAAUCCAAGGAAUGAAACCGUUUAUGAUGAGGUGGGAUGAGGCGGAAGCUAUUAACACACAGCGCCUCACAGGCAACUGGGAAAGGGAGCUGAGAAUGAAAAUCAAGUGAACAACAAUAAUAAUAGUAAUAAUAAUAAUAAUAAUAUUGUAUCGCCGUGAGCGCUCACUUGGUUAAUGGAAUUUGGCGCAUUAUAAAUGGACUUACUUAAUCUAGAUAUUAUAUAAAUAUAUGCUACACGAAAAAAAGUUAAAGAACACCCGAUUUUAACGUUUACAAAUCAAAGGAAUGAAAAUAAUACAAGUUCGCGCUCCGGGUUUCUCCCAAACCUAUUUACACCAAAACGGCCUGGAGAAGGGGUUGUGUGAGUGAAGAUGCUUACCAAUCAGAAGGAAGACCGUUCCUGCCCUUCCACAGACCAGACUUCACUUCGAGGACCUACAUAUUGUCUGUCCCGAGUUAAUGAAAGGUGGAACUAAUCCGCAAUUCUCAGUUUCGAUACCCGUGAAGAUCCGGGGUAGAACAGGUCUUCAAGAACCGAUGCUUGCCGUAAAAGGCCACUAUGCUUGUCGUAAGAGGCGUCUAACGGGAUCGGGUGGUCGGGCUCGCUGACUUGGUUGAUGCAUGUCAUCGUAUCCCAUUUGCGUCGAUCUAUGCUUAGGAUGUCAUGAUUGGAUUGUCUGGUCCGGACUCGAUUAUUACAGACCGCCGUCAUAUAGCAGUUAUAUUGCGGCGUUAAACAACAAGCAAAACCUUAAACGUGGGAGGCUCAAGUGACGCAGGUCUGCCAGUAUCUCGGAGUCCACAUCUGAGGCUCCAGGGACCCGUUCUACAAACACGUCUUUGUGCUAAGAUGAUCGUAACUAUAGGGUUUACGACAGUCGAAGCGCUACGAUCGCUUUGUGAAACCGGGCCCAAGGUCAGAAAGUGAUCUUAUUUCAUGAGCAUGUAUUAAUGUGUGGGAGUUACCAUCAUCUUAGUGCUAAGAUCGCUUUGUGGAACGGUUCCAGAGACACUCGAAAGCUUUCAAACACUCGAUAAUGGCUUUCAAGUAAGGAUCCGCCCAAUUAAUCAUAGCAUUGUUAUUCUGUUUGGAAAAGGGUUCUCAAAAUGUUUGUUUCCAUAUUUUUCGCUCCCCUGACUGGCCACUUUCUUUGGCGUCCGGCAGCCAUAUUGAAAAAAACACAACAUAAUUGUGACUUACUCGUGUUAUUCCGGGAAAAGCCGAAUAGUGCCUCGUGCCCCUCUCGUGGCCAUUUUUGCGACUGGGUACUCUUUGCGUAAUGAGUCACGUAUAUUUCCCAAUAUAUUAAAUAAUUGUGGAUGCAAUUUAAAGCACAUCGGAAAAUGCUGUGUUAUACGGUAUGAUUGAACAUAUAUAACUGUAUCUUGGGUAUAUGUUUAGAUGCAAGACAUUUGUUAAAUCAAAAAAUAUUCCUGUUUGAUUCUUUGACCGAAGAACUUUACGUCUUACGCUCAUUCUGAUUGGUUUGUCGUAUUUUCGCACAUAACAUUCAUCGAUAAGGGGGACGAGUCUCCUUGCCGAUUACGGAAAGGGUGAGUCGUGACGAAUAAACCCAACAAUACUUGCCAUUUUUGUUCCAAAUGGAAUGAUAUUUGGUACUUGUUUAGUUAGAUAUAUCCACUUAUUUUACUGUGAACUUCUUUGAUAUUGCCAGACUGAGGGAGCUGAACUCUGGCGUGCAUGUCUGUACAUCCACAGGACCAUGUAACUAAUUAUAACAAUACCGCAAAUGAUUUUUUUGCAACUUUUUUAUUUUUAUAAUCAGUUACAUGGUCCUGUGGUAGAUCACACGAGCUUAGAUUUAUGCAAAAAAUAUUUGCAUAUCAACCUUGACGGCCACAUUUGUAAAAAUUGUUCCAGGUUGUUUUUCCUGAUAUCAUAUGAUGUGAGCUAAAGUGCCGUGGCAGUUUUUUCAAUGAUCAAAGCAAUAAGGAGUCAUGAUAUUUUCAAAUCGUUUUAUUUUCCUUAGUAUACAUGACACACAGUUAUCAGUAGCAUAUGAAGACUAAAUAUUGGCAAAAAAACAAUAUUAAAUUGUCUAUUUCACUGAGUAUGUCCACACAAUAUAUACAAAAAUAUGUUUAUCACAGAAUUUCUGGUACAAAGUACCAAUGGCAAAACACAGAAAAUAAAACAAACAUUAAGAGACAACAUAUUACAAAUGCAAUACUCCAAUAACCCCAAACCAUCAAUUAAUCAAAGUUAUGUUUGCAGUUAUCUGACCUCCACUCCAAGAUACGGUCUGUUGAUUUUUCAUCAUCAUCAAUAGUCAUAAGUGUUUCUGCACCAUAUGUUCCUCCGUUACCCAUGACUACAUACGACCACUACAUAGUGUAUAAAUCAGGAAAGUCCAAUUGGCCCAGCUGUGUUAACUUUGUGCAAACCCACCCUUGCCUCAUUCAUAUGGAAGCACUGUGUAGUGUCCACUGCCAAAGGCAAUGUUACCGUUUGUACGAUGUAAUCUGAGCACUCAUUGGUCAGAUCAACUCUUGGCUUGCCUCUCACUCAAACCACCCCGUGAUCUGAUUCGUUGGUUUUAAAUAACUGCAAAGUGGCCGUAUUUAUUCAAGGGUGGCGGAGGAAUGUGAUUUAUUGAUGAUUACUUGACCAAUAGAAUGCAAUGCCUCUAAAAAUUGAAAACCAGAAAACACAUAGCAGAAAAUGCACCGAUUCCUUGUCAUGCAUCACGGUCGAACAAACAAUAUAAGCUGUUCAAGAAAACAAAACUGCACUUAUAUUUUGUGAGUAUUGCACACAGAAAAGAAAAUCGGACAAGACAUGAAAUUACCCUGUUUGGGGCAGACAUUAUUAUUCAUUAGCAUCACCUAUAGAUUAAAUGACACACCAGCACUAAUAAGGAUAUUAAAACAUUUUGCUAUUCUGUAUUCGGUGGUAAAGGUAAACUACCCAGUAUCAAGAUGUAAAUGACUUAGAUUACUUAAGUUCAAUUGUAAUUCUGACUUCUUUCAGCAGUACAAAUGGACGGCUACAAACCUUUGAGCUAAAUGAUUUUGACAUGUCUUUGAUAUGGACAUAAAUAAAUCUCUAAACAUGUUUUUUAAAGCAUGUUCUUGUGCUCUGUAUAAUACCAUUUUCUAUCAACAUUCAACACAUACUUUCACUGUCAGGUAACAUGUAUUUUUCUUCAAUAAUAUCUUUGAUAUUGUCAUAAUUCACUCAUAAUUGCCUUCAUGACAAAAUAGCACAUUGAUGUUGCUUACUAAUAAAAAAUGAACGACAAUGCUCUUGAUUGAUAUUGGAAU